CAUAAACUAAUUUCAAUAUCAAAUCAUUAACACAAAGUUUAAGAUCAAACUUAUUAUACCCGCCUUAUCUUUCCAGGGACAGAGUUUCAAAGCCCUGAGAUCAUAAAAAUCAGGAGGCCACUGGCGUUGGAUCUUGGAUUUUGGAACAACAGAGAAUAUCCAAGGCUGUCCACGUACACGAAAUUGAAAGCCCUUUAGGUCAAGAUGGACACCAACCUUAAGGACGGCGGUGUGAAGCAAAAUGCCUGCACAAAAGUCCAUGAACCUGUGGCUGGUAUAUUUCUGGAAAAGACAAAGACAAAGAUCACCAUAUAUGAAGCCAUGAAGAAGCGUAUGCUUAAGCCAGGAACAGCACUGGCUCUGCUUGAAGCACAAGCUGCCACAGUAGGUAUUGUAGACCCAGUAAACAACCAAAAGCUUCCUGUAGAGGAUGCUGUUAAAAAGGGAAUAGUUGGAUCAGAGAUGAAAGACAAACUCCUUAAAGCAGAAAAAGCCAUCACUGGGUAUGUAGACCCCUACACCAACCAAAUGAUAUCUGUAUUCCAAGCUAUGCAAAAAGAUUUAGUUCCAAAAGAUUAUGGAUUGAGGCUGCUGGAAGCACAGAUAGCCACAAAAGGCCUGUUUGAUCCUGUCGAUAAGACAAAUAUUUCAGUUGACUCUGCAAUUCAGAAGGGCUACUAUGAAAAAGAUUUGCUGAAGGACCAAAUGUCAGAGCUCAGAGUGUUUUAUCAUCCAACUUUGCAACAAAAUCUUAACUACAGAAGCCUCCAAACGCAAUGCAUUGUGGAGCCCGAUACAGGCCUGUUGCUUCUUCCUGUCUGCAUCACCUUCAAAGGUCUGCGCAAAGGCAUUUCCUCCGCCGAGCUCCUUGAAUCAAAGAUCAUUGACAAAGAAACAUAUGAUAACCUGCAAAAGGGGAAGACCACAACACAGGACGUGAUGUUGAUUGAAACAGUGAAAGAAUACCUGGAAGGCAAAGGCAGCAUUGCAGGCAUUGCUAUACUCUCAACCAAUCAGAGAAUGAGCAUUUAUACAGCCAUGAAGCAAGGCAUACUGAUGCCCGGGACAUCACUUGUUCUCUUGGAGGCACAAGCUGCUACUGGAUACAUGAUUGAUCCUGUAGAAAAUAAAAAGUACACUGUGGAUGAAGCUGUCAAAAGCAAACUUAUUGGCCCAGAAUAUCAUGCAAAGCUGCUCUCUGCUGAGCGGGCAGUGACCGGAUACAAAGACCCAUACACCAGUGAAACUAUAUCCCUGUUUCAAGCACUCUCAAAAGACCUCAUGGUCAAACAACAUGGGAUCCGCCUACUUGAAGCACAAAUUGCUACAGGUGGAAUAAUUGAUCCAAUCAACAGUCACAGACUUCCUACAGAAGUGGCCUUUAAGAGAGGUUAUUUUGAUGAACAAAUGAAUACCAUAUUGGAGGAUUCAGGGGAUGACACAAAAGGCUUUUUUGAUCCAAACACAGAAGAAAAUCUAACCUAUCUUCAGUUGAUGGAAAGGUGUGUCACUGAUCCUGCUACUGGACUCUGCCUCCUUCCUUUGCGUGAUAAAUCAGAUGGGCUAAAUUUUGAUUUCAUUGACUACCAAACUAAAACAGCCUUCAAGAUGGAGAAAGUGAAAGUGACAUAUGGCAAAUAUACAGGAAUGACAGUAUCUCUGUGGGAACUUCUGAUGUCAGAAUACUUUGAUGAAAACCAGAGGCAAGACAUCUUUAAAAAAUACAGAGAGGGGAAGAUUACUAUCAAGAUGAGCAUUACAACAGUUCUGGAAGUGAUAGAAAAGUCAGUGAAAACAACUCAAGUCAUCUUUGAAGGCAUCAGAGACACUGUUACAGCCAUGCAGCUUGUGGAAGCAGAUAUCAUUAGUGAGGAGGUCCUAGAGGACCUGAAGAAGGGAAAGAAGUCAGUGAACGAAGUCAUUGAAGAUGAAAAUGUAAAUGUGUACUUAAAAGGUAAAGACAGCAUCGCAGGUAUUAUGCUUCCUGAUUCUCAAAUCAUGACCAUCUACCAGGCCAAACAGAAAGGAAAGCUGAUGCCAGGAACUGCUCUGAUUCUACUGGAGGCACAGGCAGCAACAGGGUUCAUUGUCGACCCUAUUGGAAAUAGAAAGUUUUCAGUUGAUGAUGCUGUCAAAGCAAAGAUUGUGGGGCCUGAUGUGUGUCAAAAGCUGCAAUCAGCAGAGAAAGCGGUUACUGGAUACAAAGAUCCAUACACUGGAGAAACAAUUUCUUUGUUCCAAGCAAUGCAAAAAGACCUGAUCCUAAAAGACCAUGGCAUUAGGCUCCUGGAGGCCCAAAUUGCCACUGGUGGGAUCAUCGACCCAGUGAACAGCCAUCGCAUACCUGUCCAUGUGGCCUAUAAGAAGGGGUACUUUAAUGAAGAAAUGAAUCAGAUCCUGGAUGAUCCAAGUGAUGACACCAAGGGAUUCUUUGACCCCAACACCCACGAGAACCUGACAUACUUGCAGCUCAUGGCCAGAUGUGUAACAGAUCCUAGUACAGGCCUGUGCCUCUUACCUCUCAAAGGCAAGAGCAACAAAAUAAAGAUAGAUGACAACAUUAGGGAAUUGUUCAAAACAUCAAUAGUCACUGUAAAGUAUGGUAGGUUCAAGGGCAAACACACAACAUUGUGGGAUCUUAUCAACUCAGAAUAUCUGUCUGAAGAUAAACGACAGGAGUUUUUCAAGCUCUUCAGGUCAAAGAAAAUCACAAUUCAGCAACUAACUGAGACCAUUGUAGAGAUCAUUGAGAGUAUGGCGAUAGAACAGCAAGAAAUACUGAAGUUUAAAUGUCUCAGAGGAAAAGUCUCUGCUGUGGAUCUUUUGGAUCUUAAAAUUGUGGAUAAAAACACCUACAACAGUUUGAUCACUGGAAUCAUGACAAGCAGUGAUGUGAUGAAAAUGGACAGUGUGAGAGCCUACCUACAAGGAAAAAGCUGUGUAGCUGGGUUGAUACUGCAACCUUCAAAUAAAAAACUAAGCAUUCACGAGGCACAGAGAAUUGGGAUUCUUGCACCUGGGACUGCCCUUUGCCUCCUUGAAGCACAAGCAGCUACAGGAUUUGUUGUUGAUCCUCUGAAUAACAAAAAACUUACAGUUGAACAAGCUCUCAAAGAAAAGUUGAUUAGUCCACAGAUGUAUGAAAAACUUUUGUCUGCGGAAAGAGCAGUCACUGGUUACAAAGAUCCAUACACAGGUCAGAAGAUCUCGCUCUUCCAAGCGUUGAAAAAAGAUCUUAUUGUCAAGCAGCAUGGCAUUCGUUUACUUGAGGCCCAGAUUGCUACAGGUGGUAUCAUCGAUCCCUUAAAGUGUCUCCACUUACCCCUUGAAAUUGCAUACAAGAAGGGAUAUUUUGAUGAAGAACUUAAUCAAAUCCUAACAGACCCAACUGAUGACACAAAGGGCUUUUUUGACCCAAACACAAAAGAAAAUCUGACAUACAUGGAGAUGUUGGGGAGAUGUGUGAAAGAUAAGGAAACUGGACUGUUUCUCCUGCCAUUGAAUGACACACCAAAAGCUACAGCUACAAAGAAAAAGAUAUAUACUGACACAGAGAUUAAGGAAGAGUUUGAAAAGACAAGUGUCAGCAUAUCUGUAGGACACUAUUCUGGAAAAUCGGUUACUCUAUGGGACUUGAUUCAUUCUGGCUACUUUACUGAGGAUCAGCGACUUGAACUGAUUGAAGAGUACAGAACAAGGCAGAAGAGUACCCAGACCAUAAUCACAUUAGUGAUUACCACAAUAGAAAAACUGGAGAAGACUGAAACUCCCAAAAUGAUAAUGGGUCUGAGAAAGCAUGUCACUGCAAAACAACUACUGGAUUGUGAAAUCAUUGAUGCAGAAACAUUUAAACAGGUGAAAGAAGGAAAACUCAAUUUAGAAACAAUAGCGCAGGGUGAAACUGUGAGAGGAUACCUAAAAGGAUCUGGAAGCAUUGCUGGAGUGAAGGUUUAUCCAUCCCAGAAAGUGAUGAGCAUAUAUGAAGCAAGAAAUGAAGACCUGUUGACACCUGGCAUUGCACUUCUACUACUUGAAGCUCAAGCUGCAACAGGAUGGAUCAUUGAUCCCCUCAAAAAUGAGUUCCAUGCUGUGGAAGAGGCUGUAAAAGGAAGACUGAUUGGGCCAGAUGUACGUGAGCAACUUCUCUCAGCUGAACGAGCUGUCACUGGGUAUAAAGAUCCAUAUACAGAUGUGACAAUAUCACUGUUUGAAGCCAUGCAAAAAAAGCUGAGAGAAAGAAGCUAUGGCCUUCGGAUACUUGAUGUGCAGACAGCAACAGGAGGAAUUAUUGACCCAAAUCAAAGUCACAGACUGCCAAUUCAUAUUGCUAUCAAAAAAGGAUGUCUGGAUGAAGAAACUCAAAAAAUUCUGUUGAACCCCACAGAUGAUGAAAAAGGAUUCUUUGACCCAAAUACCAAAGAAAGACUGUCAUACAGUCAGCUCAUAAAUAGAUGUGAGAAAGAUGAUAAAACUGGGCUACUUCUCCUACCGCUGCAUAAAGAAAAAGCCCGUGUAUUUCACACAGAUGAGCAAAUCGAGAAUGCUUUGAAAAACAAAAUGAUGACCUUGAAUGUGGGAAAAUUUAAAAACAAGGAGGUCACACUGUGGGAAGUGCUACUAUCUGAAUACAUAUCAGAACAAAAAAGGGAGCAGCUUAUACAGCAAUACCGGACAGGAGUGACCAAAAUUGAGGAGAUGAUUGAAAUACUCACAGUUAUAAUCACAGAGGUAUCAUCCAAGGUAAGAAAGUUCAAAGGACUACGAAAACAAGUCUCAGCCAGUGAAUUAUUUGAGUCAAAGAUCAUCUCAAAGGACCUUUUCACCCAAAUUAUAAAAGGUGAAGUAACGGAAGAAACUGUUGACAAAAUGGAAAAUAUUCAGAAGUAUCUUGGAGCCACAAACUGUAUAGCAGGUGUGAGAGUUGAAUCAACAAAAAAGAUGAUGAGCAUCUAUGAAGCUAAAAGCAAAGGUCUGCUGACUCCUGGUACAUCUCUGGUUCUGCUGGAAGCCCAAGCUGGCUUCUUUGACCCCAACACUCAGGAGAACCUCACAUACCUCCAUCUGGUUGAGAGGUGUAUUACAGAUCCCAUUACAGGCCUCAGUUUACUCCCACUACAGAAGUGA